AUGGAGUUUUGGAGGAGGAAAAUCGCAACCUCGGCUCUGGAGAAAUGUUACGACAACCGUACAGCUGGCAGAUCGGCGAGUGGUGGUGCAUUAUUCGUGAAUAACAACAAGUCCAAGGAUUUCCUAAACGAGGAUCUUGUCUCAAGUGUGGUGCCGCCGGUGACGGUGGUGCUGGAAGGCCGGUCCAUCUGCCACAGAAUUAGCCUCCACAAGCAUGCGAGCUACGGAAGUCUGGCGAAGGCUCUCCGGCAGAUGUUCGUCGACGGCGGCAACGCGGAUGACGCUGGACUUGACCUCUCCAAUGCCAUCCCCGGCCACCUCAUUGCCUAUGAAGACAUGGAAAAUGAUCUCCUUCUUGUCGGUGACCUCAGCUGGAAAGAUUUCGUAAGAGUAGCAAGAAGAAUUCGCAUUUUGCCAAAGAAGUCCAAUUCCAGGAAGGGAUCCAUCUGCUAAAUGCUAAUCACCAUUUCAUGUGCUGUGUGCACACACAUCAUAGUAUUAAUUUAAUUAGUGCAUGUCUCUUUGCUUUCCUUAAUUUGGAAUCAAUGUUCAAGCAAUUCCAUUAUAUUCAUU